CGAGAUCACUAUUGCGGCUCUAGAGCUCCAGGCUCCUCUAGAGCCAGAGGAAGUGAGUCAAGCGCUGCCUCUAAACUUUCUUUGUUUUUAACCUCCUGAGCAUGAAGCCUCUUUUAUUCUGACAGUUAGGAAACAGGAGGUAACUGAGGAUCUGAGAGCUCAAUCUGAUCGCAGUUGUUCAGCCAGUCUGCAAAACUGGAAAACUUCAGCACCAUCUCCAUCUCCUCUGACUGGACUUCUGAGAGCCAUGGCCAAAUCCAAAAAACCUGGUGUGGACAAGCCUGGUGAUGCAUCAAAGCGAGGAAGGAAAAAGAAACUCAAGCCCAAGGGUGGAGCCUCGGAGUCAGAAAGAACACAGAAAGACACAGAAACAGGCCUUCAUUUGCUUUCUGGAAAGACUGCAGCAAAAACCACAUCCUCUCACACCAGUAAGGUGUCAGACACUGCAACAAGCUCACUUGAGAAGACUGAGAGUUCAGAUUCUGAUGUUGCACCAACUCAGACUCAUGCAGUUAAGUCUCUUCAGAGCUCUUCCAGGACAUCUUGGCGAACAGAGAGAGAUACUAGCUCAAAAAGCUCUGCAGAGGGGAAUAAAGGGUCUACGCUGGUGCAGUCACGCUUAGCGUGGAAGACCAUGGCCAGUCCUGCUCCUGUUGUGGAUGAUCUGAAGAACCCGAACGCAGAAAAAAGCACUAAAGUGAAAGACACAGAGUUGAAGUUCAUGUCGUCUACUCAGUUGAAGCUCCCUCAGAGACCGAAAGGCUCCGCAAAAACGCAAACAGUCACAAAGAAGAAAAAGAAGAAGAGGAAGAUGGGCUUGUACAGCUUUGUUCCCAAAAAGAAAACCAAAGUGUCAGCUCAGCAGAACCUCCUCUUACCUACCUCAAACAGCCAAAAACCGGUGUCACGUGAAGUCAGAGGGGUACAGCUGCCCUUAGAGGAGGCUUUCAAACCCAGAACAAACAUGGACAGCAGCGAGAAGCUGAGUGGAAGAGCGGCUGAAGAAGGUUCGGCUGAAUUCCAGAACGAGAGUGAAGGUGUCAAAUCUCCAGAAAACAUCCAAGAAGAAUAUACAGAGCUUCCUCUACACACGCUGGCAGAGGAGAGUGUCUUCACUGCUAUACACACAGGUUUGCCUGAGGAUAAGGAAAAUAUGGAGUCAGACGAGACCAUGGAGCCGCCUCUGUGCAGCUGCCGCAUGGAAACACCCAGGAACCAGGACGUAGUAACGCUGGCAGAGGGAAAGUGCAUGGCUGUAGAAGGUGUAGAUGGGAAGCUGAGUUUAUGUCGAAGACCAAUCCAGAAGCAGGAGAUGAUGCGCCCGUCUUUGCGGAUCCCACUGCUGGUGCUGUGUGAGGAUCACCGGGCCGGCAUGGUCAAACAUCAGAGCUGCCCAGGCUGUGGUGUCUUCUGCAGAGCUGGAACGUUUAUGGAAUGCCAGCCAGAUGGGCACAUCUCUCACCGGUUCCACCAGAGCUGUGCGCCGACGAUUCGUGGUCAGCUCUUCUGCCCUCACUGCGGUGAGGAGGCUAGCCAGGCCAAAGAGGUCACCAUCCCCAAAGCCUCUCCAAUUACUGCAGUCACUGCAGCUGCUUUACCUGGAGAUAAAGACGACUUCGCUUUGGCAGAAAAGCCAGGACAGGUCUCUUCACCUGAUGAUACACCUGUGGAACAUGCUGUAGAGUCACUGGAGACGGUUCUGGAAGCACUGGAGGAUGGAAAAUAUAAAAGAUCAAAGCUUCCCCCAAAGCAGCUGUUCUUCUCCGCUAAAAGAGGAGAGCUUCAACAAGUCAUGCACAUGCUGGUGGAAGGAACGGACCCUAACUUGCAAAUGGAGAGUGAGAGGAGGCGUACCCCACUCCAUGCAGCUGCUGCUGAAGGCUACAAAGAGAUCUGCCACAUCCUGGUCCAGGCGGGGGCAAACCUGGACACGUGUGAUGACCAGCAGCGCACUCCUCUGAUGGACGCGUGUGAGAACAACCACAUGGAGACAGUAGAGUACCUACUGAAGGCCGGAGCCUCAACAUCACACAAGGAUAUAAGGGGCUCUACUUGUCUCCACAUGGUGACUCGAGGAGGCCACAUCGGUAUUCUGCAGCAUCUCCUAUCUGCUGCCUCUGUAGAUGUUAACUGUAAGGAUGACGGCGGUUGGACCCCCAUCACCUGGGCAACUGAAAAUUUGCACACAGAGCAGGCAAAGCUGUUGAUUGCCCGUGGAGCCGAUAUCCAUAUGAGAGAUAAGGAGGAGAAUAUCUGUUUGCACUGGGCAGCAUUUGCUGGCUGUACAGACAUCGCUCAACUUCUGCUGGAGAACAGAUCAGACCUGCAUACUAUGAACAUACACGGGGACACGCCUUUGCACAUUGCUGUCAGACAGAACCAGUUGGAUUGUGUCAUGCUCUUUCUGUCCCGAGGAGCAGAUGUGAACCUGAAGAACAAAGAUGGAGAAACCCCUUUAGACUGCUGUAGCAUCAACUCCAAGAUGUGGAGCAUCCUUAACACCAGCAAAAAGCUCACUGAUGCCCGUAAUGGCAGAGACAGACAGGGAGAGCAGCUUCUCUGCAGAGAUUUGUCUCGGGGUUAUGAAGACAUCCCUGUGACCUGUGUGAACGGAGUGGACCAGGAGCCUUGUCCAAGCUUCAAAUAUGUCCCUGAAAACUGUUUCACCGCUCAGGUGAACAUCGAUGAAAAUAUCACACACUUACAGCACUGCACAUGUAAAGACGACUGCUCAUCCAGCAGCUGCAUCUGUGGCCAGCUUAGUAUACGCUGCUGGUACGACAGGGAAGGUCGUCUGCUGCAGGAGUUCUGUAGAGAAGACCCACCCUUUCUGUUUGAAUGCAAUCAUGCCUGCGCGUGCUGGAGAACGUGCCGGAACAGAGUGGUGCAAAACCGAUUGCGGGCACGACUGCAAGUCUUUCGCACGGCUAAAAUGGGCUGGGGUGUGAGAGCUCUGCAGGAUGUUCCUAAAGGAGCCUUCAUAUGCGAGUUCGCCGGCGAGAUCAUUUCAGACGGCGAAGCAAACGUUCGAGACAACGACUCCUACAUGUUCAACCUGGAUAAUAAGGUUGGCGAGGUCUACUGCAUCGAUGCCCAAUUUUAUGGCAAUGUCAGUAGGUUUAUGAACCACCUGUGUGAGCCCAAUCUGUUUCCUGUGCGAGUGUUCACCAAACACCAGGACCUGCGCUUCCCACGAAUCGCACUGUUCUCCUGCAAACCCAUACGAGCUGGAGACGAGCUGGGGUUUGAUUACGGCGAUCAGUACUGGGAGAUUAAAAAGAAGUACUUCAGUUGUCAGUGCAGUUCUCCUAAUUGUAGGCACUCGGGGGCAGGUUUGGGACACGGCCAUGUGGACAGCUCGGCUCAAACGCCUCCUGUCCGGAGUUCCUCUCAGGUAGCCAGCACUCGGCACAUUCGCUCAGCCAACACAGGACAAGCAGCAAGCCAAACCUGACCUGCCUCUGUGAGGACACUGCAAACAUGAACUGUUCAUGUACCACUUCCAGUUCAUGUGUUUUUUUGGUAGCAUUCUACCACGGGGUAUUUUCUUAUUGUUAUUUAAAUCUACAAAGAGGAUGUUUUAUGGAAGAAAAAAAAAGGCUAAUUUUUUUAAAGUGAAAAAAUUUUGCUACAUUUUGAAUGGCUAGAAAAACAAUAACUUUUUUGACAUCAUAAAAGGAAAAAUACGAACGUGCAGUAUAUAUUUUAUUAGUGUUGAUUUUUAAGCCCCUGAGGCAGAGGAUUUGCCUCCAUUUUAAGAUUUUUGUUUUACUCAUCCCAAUUUUAUUUCAGUGCUGUUUGCAAUUAUGAAAAACAUGCCGAUUAAAGCAUUUUUUGUAGAUAUUUUCUAUUA